AUUGGACACUGUUCCAUGGAACGAGGGUAUAAAGGCAACCCAUUGGUUAUAUGCAGACUUUCACUCUGGACUCCGUGAAGGGUGAGGGUGCUGCCAUGUUGAUUCCCUGUCUGUGGACAACCCUGCCGUGGAUUGUCUUGGGUCAGACGUACUAUAUGAGCUUCAUUUUCAACAACUACGGGUUCGGAGUCAAACCAUCGUUCAUUGAGGCACCGAAUCUGGGAUUACCGGGCACCAAGAAACCACCCAAGAGAGUAGAGGAUACUCUUGAGCUCAGCUCGAUGGAUCAAUCGCGCGGAUCUGGUCGGAACGAAAUACCCACGGUCGAAGUGGAUGACGAUUCGAGUGAGUCGGAUGGUUUCGAUUUUGGUAUUACAAGCACAAAGAUACCAACAAAGAGGUCAACACUGAGGCCUACAAAUACCACGAAAACUCAAAGACCUUCAACAGCUCAAGGAGCUUCUAGAACUACAGCGACAUCGAAGGCUACAGGAACUCCAACAAUUUCAAAAACUCCGGGAACCAUAGAAACGAUAGGAAUUACAGAAACUUUAGAAAGUGCUGACACUCUAGAAACGCCAGAAGAGAUCACCACAGAGUCCGCCGUGGUUGCAUACACAGAAGAAUCAAGCUUAAAAACGCCGGAUUCAGAUAGACCGGAGUCAGGGAAAACUGAAGUUAAAUGCAAAACCUUGGGCCCCGGUGACGGAAGUACAAUACCGCCAGGUACCAUAGCGCCCAGAGCGUGGCCUCCGGUGACACCACAUCCGCCGGAGUUCUUCAAGUACCCCCAGGCAGACUGUCACGAGGAAAUGGAUCUGCAUGAGGUCUUCGGCAUUAGUCUGGUGCGAGAUAGAGGGUUGGCCACCAAGGUCCUUUGCCAGUUCCAAAACAGCUGGGGCGGUCCUUGGCUACUGAUGACUCGAGUCGAGCUUCCAGUGCGCAUCCACAUGCGUCACUGGUUCCUUGGAUACGUUACGGAGGACUACAAGGACAUGAACAUCAACUUUUUUGCAUUGGCUCACAUUAUGAAUAACAUGCGUACAGCCAUGCUGAUCCUUGGCCAGGACGAACACGAUCAGUUGGUGUAUAACCUGUAUGACGACGUGGUCAUCUCUUCCUUCAAUGAUAUCUUCAUGAUGCGCAAAGCAGAGCUUGUGGAGGCCAAUGCCACGGACAUGCUCUUUCUGUCCGUGGGCAAGACGCUCAGCUCAUAUGCUGGUCGGAAUCGGACCUGCCCCCUGCAGGUUCUGGGCAGCUGGUGGGGCAGUUCAGUGAGGCAGGACAUGAAUCAGGGCUUCUCCUGUGUCUUUCCCAGGGAGCGGAAUGCCUCGCGACCCGGCUACAUGGCCAUCUUCAUCAAACCAAGUCUGUUCAGGAACAACAAUACCGCGCUCUACAAUACCGUGAUCACCACACGACGACCCUGGGAAAUUACAGUGAAUGUCGAUCUAAUGGAGGAUGUCAAAAAUAACAAAACUGAAUAUAACAUCCGUCGUCGCCAGCAAUUCCGAAGCAACAAGAGGGCAGUCUCAGAAGAGUUUGACCGGCGAAGAAAAAUAUUUAAUGCCAUUGCAGAAGUGCAGAGGUUGGAGGUUGAAAUGCGGAGGGGCAGGUGAUAGGGUCAGAAACGUGUUCUAGGGACUCCUCUUCCUUCUUUACUCAGGGGAGAUAGGUUUUAGAAAAUCACUCAUUAGUUGUAAUUA